CAGAGUCCUCGAGUCAAGUUGCAGCGACGCAACGUAUGACCUUCAAGUUUCACACAGCAUUUUACCUCUGACGGCAUCUUCAUCCGCAGUCAUGAAUUGGAACCACGAUGGGUUUCAACUGCACAUGCUGUUUGGUAGGCUCCAACGCUCUCUCCUGCUAUGUGGUGGUGGCUGCUUGGAGUGCUGGGCUGCGUGCUGCUGGCCUUAGUCGUUGCCUUCUUACUGGUCACCGGCCAACGCUACACGGUGUUCAGCGAGAUGUGCCUGAGGCCACCGGGGCCUCUGGUCACUGACAGCAAACAGAGGGACGCCAGGCUGAAAAAAGGGUUUCGAGUGGAUCGUGUUCCCGCCGAUUUGGAUGCGGUGGUGAUCGGCAGCGGCGUGGGAGGUUUGACGGCAGCGGCGCUUUUGUCCAAAGCCGGGAAGAAGGUUUUAGUUGUGGAACAACAUGAUCAGGCUGGAGGUUGCACGCACACUUUCCAGAAUAAGGGAUUUGAGUUUGAUGUGGGUAUCCAUUACCUGGGGCAGCUCCAUGAGAACAGCAUGCUGAAGAUUGCUUUGGAUCAGAUCACAGAGGGACAGCUGCAGUUCACAAAGCUGGAUCAGCUCUAUGAUAAGCUGAUCCUGGGUCAGCCUGAGCAACGCAGGGAGUAUCAUAUACAUUCUGGGAAGACUGAGAUGGCAGCUAACCUGAAGAAGCAGUUCCCAGGAGAAGAAGAGGCCAUUGAUGAAUUCAUGAGACUGAUGAAGCUAGCCUCAAAGAGGACGCCACUAAUCGCCAUCUUGAAGAUUAUACCAUACGGGCUGGUUAACUUUUUGGUUAGGACAGGCCUAUUAUAUCGCAUGUCUUCAGUUUUCAACCUAGCCACGACCAACCAUUCGGAAAUGAUGUCCCGCCUCACACAGAAUAAGGACCUGCAGGCGCUGUCCGCCUACCUCUUCUAUGGUGUCCCUCCUAAGGAGUCCAGCUUUCUCAUCAACGCUCUCCUUCUUCAUCACUACAAGCGUGGUGCGUACUACCCUCGCGGGGGCGCCAGUGAGUUUGCCUUUCACAUCAUCCCAGUCAUUGAGCAGGCAGGUGGAGCAGUGCUGGUCCGGGCUCCUGUACGACAAAUCCUCCUCAACCACAAGGGAGAGGCAUAUGGUGUAACGGUGCUUAAAGGACAAGAAGAGAUUGAGAUCCAUGCCCCUGUUGUCAUUUCAAAUGCUGGAAUCUUCAACACUUUCCAAAAGUUUCUACCUCGGUAUAUCCAGGACAAGCCGGAGGUCCGGUCACUGCUGGGUAUGGUGCGUCCUGGUAUGGGGUCCUUCUUGGUCUUUGUUGGUUUGGAUGGAACCAAAGAGGAACUGGGCAUCGUUUCCACCAACUUCUGGAUGUAUAAAGACAAUGACUUGGACUCGCUUAUUGAGAAAUACUGCUCUCUGGGCAGAGAGCAGGUCUUAGGGAACAUUCCUAUGAUGUUUAUCACCUUCCCAUCUGCUAAAGAUCCAACCGCUAACAUCAGACACCCAGGUAAGUCCUGUAUGACGUUGUUAACCAUGGCUCGCUACGAAUGGUUUGAGGAAUGGGAGGGAUCGAAGCUUGGCAAGAGGGGACAGGACUACCUGGAUCUGAAAAACAGCAUGGCCCAAGAGCUGCUAGAAUGGGCGCUGACCAUUUUCCCUCAAGUGCGAGACAAGGUGGUAAUGGUAGAUGCCGCCACCCCUCUAACUAAUGUCCACUAUUUGGGUGCUUCGAGAGGUGAGAUGUACAGUGCCGAACACAACUUGGAACGCUUCAUCCCGGAAACGGUGGCUAAGACGCGGCCACAGACGCCGAUCAAAGGGCUCUACUUGACAGGUCAGGAUGUAUUCUGCAACGGCAUGGCUGGUGCGCUGCACGGUGGACUGCUGUGUGCUUCGGCGGUCCUCAAUCAGAUCCUCUACAUUGACCUUCUGGCCCUGAAGACCCGCCUCAAACGUAAACAAGCCUCUCAGAAGGUGACCCAGUAGCAUCUGAUGCACCUCAAGGUGUGGAUAAGGAACGAGGUCCUUGUCAAACAGGGAGAAAGCUUCAAACCAAUAAUAAUGUAUGCAGAGAUGAGAUUUUACAGGAUGUCAAACAGUUUUUUUCUAUCAUUAUUAUUUUUAAAUUUAAAAGUACGGUAUGAUAUUGAUCUCCGUAGACUCAGACUCAUUCAGUCUAAUGUCAUUAACCUUUUGAGAUUGUUUCAUACGGUGUUGACAUGUCAGCUCCGGUCCCGUUUUUCUCGUUAUUCUCUUUUUUUUUGGUUGCAGUUUCCCAACAAGCUUUUAGAGGAUGUGGGCCGGACAUUUACAGGGGGCCUCUCACUCUGUCCUUGUUUGUACAUUUUACCUCAUUUGACUUUGUAUAAGAAUAAACCUUCUCGAUUUGUUGCUGGA